CUUUCAAUCAUUUCACUUCCAGAUCUUAAAAGUGUGUCACUAAUGUUUUAAAAACCUUAUGUAUGUUUUCACUUUCUAUGAUAAAACGAACCUAGCCAUCCUUUCAAUUUUUACUCACGUGUUAGAAUUGAUUUCCUAAAGUUGUAUUGAUGCUAGCUAUAUCAAGUCCUCUACAUCACCUAUAAAAUAACUGGUUUAAAUUAAUAGUCGGAAUUUGCAAAUUUCCGCAAAAAUAGACGACCUCGAGGGCUUGAAAAUCAUUUUUAAAACAAGAUUCCGAAAAAUUUAUAUUCCAUUCGAUAUCUGAGUGGAAUUUCCGGACAUUUAUAUUGAAUAGAACUAUUUAGCAAUAUGUGACACCAAGAAAACUAAGCCGGAUUUCAUCACAACAUGCUUUUGAAUUAUGGCCAAAAAACCGUCAUUUGUUUUAACAUAGCCUUCAGAGCAGGCGUAAUUUUGGCUAGCGGGUGCCAAGUAAUUUCAUAACGAAUAUUGUAGCCGCCAUCUUAAUGACAGCAGAACGCUGGGGAGAGUACAAAUUUAUACCAAGGGGGCGGUCGACUUUCAAAAAUAAGGAGAAGGGUGAGGGUAGGGGAGUAAAGAUUACGCCUGCCCGAAGUCAUUGUUAUUUUGCCACACUCUGUUCGCCCACGAACGGAGUUCCUGAUUGGUUUGGGAGUUGACACACUGUCAAUCAUUUCGGCGUGACAUUUUGCUCUUACUGGAGAGAGAGGAAGAUGGCUGAUCGUGAAGUUAUGUUAGAUUUCGGUCUCGAGGAAGUACUAAAGAGUCUCUCGGAAUUUGGUAUAUCUCGUGCUUUAAAAUGGGAACAAAAAAGGAGUAUUGCUACACUGGUUACUGGAAAACAUCUGCUGGCCGUGUUGCCAACUGGUUUUGGGAAAAGUCUGAUAUUUCAGGUACUAGUUCGUGUAAAAGAAACAAUGACGGGGACAACUUCGAGCGUAGUUGUCGUUUUUCCGCUUCAGAGUAUUGUGUGUGAUCAAAUGGAAGAAGCGUCUUCCAUGGGAUUAACGGCUGAUACGCUUACGAAGAGUCGUUUGAAGGACGUCGAGUGCGACAAAUAUAACCUGGUAUUUGCGUCAGCGGAGGAGGUUUUAGCGAAGCCAUUUCUUUUCUUAUUUAAAAACGCAGCCACACCGUUUCAUCAGAAUAUGUGUGCAAUCAUUGUGGAUGAUUCGUAUACUGUGGAAACUUGUACAGGUCAAAGGUUUGUUCUCGUACUUACGGGGACGGCAGACCCAAUUGCUCAAGAUACAAUAAAUAAGGUCCUUGAUCUUGCACAAGAUGUGAAAUGCAUUAACGUUAGUCCCAACCGCCAUAAUUUACGGUUUUUUGCGUGGAGGGUUAAAAAGCCCCAACAGUUAAAGGAGCUAGACUGGCUUAUUACCCUGUUGAGAAAUGAGGGGGUAGAGUGUCCAAAGACAAUUGCGUUUUGCAGCACAAUAAAUUAAUUAGCACUUAUCACGAAUUACAUAAUGUCGAAGCUAGGAAGGAAAAUGUUCUCUCCUGCAUAUUCUCCUGUCCAGGACAACUGUCUAAUUGGAAUUUACUAUUCUAACUCAUGGAGAAGUAAUAAAAACAGAGUGAUGGAGCAUUUCAAGGGUUCAGGAGUGAAAAGAGUAGUUGUGGCCUCCACAGCACUUUGUAUGGGAGUAAACUUCCUAGAUGUUCGGUAUUUUAUAAAUUGGGGCCCAGCUCGUUCCAUCCUAGACCAACAUCAAGAAGCUGGAAGAGCUGGAAGAGAUGGAGGGAAGUCGCACGUUAUUGUUCUUUUCAAUGGACAGCGAGUUGCACACUGUGAACAGGAAGUCAAAGACCUUAUCAGUGCAGAAGGAUGUUUUCGUGUUCCUGCCUAUAGGAUUAUGGAUUAUUCCAUUCAGCCCCUUGAACCACGGCAUGAUUAUUGUUCUUUUUGUUCUCAAUUAUGUAAGUGUGGGGCAGGGGUUGCUGUGCACCCACCUUGCUACUUGAGGAGGCAAAAGAGCCAGCAGUGGAGGACACUAAAGCUCAAUGCAGACCAGUCAUACCAGGAUAGAAAGGCAUUAAAAGAAGCACUGAUCGAAGCACUAGAUGAGAUGAGAAGUAAAGGACUAGCAUUAGAUGAAAGCUCUUGUCAUGGUUUCUCAAGGCAUUUAAUUGAGAAUGUGGUAAGGGACUUUGAGAAGAUUUUCACUUGUGUUGAUUUACUUUCUGACUACCCUGCAUUUUCAAUGACAAAUGCAUUAAAAAUACUAGAAGUGAUUCAGGAAGUGUUCACAGACAUUCCUAAUUGUGAAGAAUCAUUGGCACCUAUGUUCGAAAAUUCCAAUAGUUCAGUUCUACAAGGAGAACCAAAUGUAAAUAACUGGUUUGAUUUUGAAACUAUUUCCCUCGGUAUUGACAGUGACCCAAAAAGUCAAGAGCUGUGAUGUUCUGCACCAUUUUGUGGGGCCUGUGCUGUCCAGAGGUUAGAGAUAACGU